AUGUCAGACGAUCGAAAAUUAGCCAAUAUUCUAGAGACUUAUUUUAGUGAUGCCAAUCUUUUGUGGGAUAAAGUUUUGCAAAGCAAGAUUAACAAUGAUCCUGAUGGCUUUGUCUCGUUUAACUCGCUGCAGACACUAUCUCGUUUUAAGAAACUUAAUGCAACUGCACAAGACAUUAAACAUGCUGCAGUAAAUCAUUCACUCUCGAAACUAAAGGAAGGCCUCCAGAAGCCAUAUCACACCGAACAAGCCAUCAAAGAGUUAUUUGGAUCUCUUAUUGGGCAUGUGUCCUUUGUGCGAAUUCCAAAAAAUACGCAGGGUUGUAGUGGCUUCUAUGGAUUUUGCUUUGUAGAGUUUGACGAUCGUGAUAACGUAAACAAGGCAGUACGACUAUUAAACCGUUUCAAUACCAGCGCGCUUUGUUCAGAAGACCAGUCAAAUAUCGUUAAAACAAACGAAAAAAAAGGGGAAAACAAUGUUGAGGAUGGUGAUAAAAAUAGCAACGAGAAUGUUAUAGAACAGGCAAACAAGUUGAGCUUAAGAGUAAUGUCAAAGUCCGACUGGAAUAAAUUAAAGGAAGAGUAUCUUGAGGUACAAGCAGCCCGGGCAGCUUAUACAAGAGAUCAAUGGAGCAAGUAUUACGCAUCUUUACCAAACACUGCUGAAGAAAUCCCAGGACCUGAACCACAGCAACAAAAGAAGAAGAAGGGGGAAGAAUUACCAGAAACGAUGGAAUACACAAAGGGUAUUAUUGUCUAUGUUGGCAACAUACACCCAAAGAGUUCAAAGACUGUUAUUUCUAAACUACUUGAGAAAUCCGGUCUAUUGGUUCCUUACAUUGGGCGAAAGAAAGGCCUUGACUAUUGUCAUGCUCGUCUAAGCUCACCAGAAGAUGCGCAACAACUCGUCAAGUACUUUGAAAAUCACCCAGUUAUCCAGGAAAACCAUACAGAUGACACCGGAAAAGCCGCUAGUACAGCAGAUAUGUUCAAGGUUAAUUUGAGAAUCAUCUCUGGAAAGGAAGAAGAAUUCUAUUGGCAAGAUGACAUUGCAGGAUCAAAGAAACUGUUUACUUAG